GUGAUCGAAUCAGCCUAGGAGCAGUUUCAAUUCCUGGUUCGAGCGGGUACCAGUGACAGUAUGGAAAAAAUCACGUUCGCACUAGUGUGUACUUUGUUGUGCUUUGGCUUCGGGGUAGUUUUGGGGGCUGAUGACAACUGGUGGCAGCAUGCAAACUUCUACCAAAUAUAUCCCCGAUCGUUUAUGGACAGCGACGGAGACGGGAUCGGCGAUCUCCCGGGUAUAACGCAGAAGGUGUCCUACCUUAGGAAUGAGCUUGGCAUCGAUGCCGUUUGGCUGUCGCCAAUUUUCAAGUCACCGAUGGCCGAUUUUGGAUACGAUAUUUCUGAUUUCAGAGAUAUUUACGAAAAAUUUGGAACGAUCGCAGAUCUGGAAAACCUUGCGGCCGAAUGCAGAAGACAGGGAUUGAAACUGAUUCUUGACUUCGUUCCCAACCACAGCAGUGAUGAGCAUGAUUAUUUCGUAAAAUCUGUUAACAAGGUGGAUCCUUAUACGGAUUAUUAUGUGUGGCACCCGGGAAAGUUAUUACCCAAUGGAACAAGAGUACCGCCCUCCAACUGGAUUAGUGUGUUUAUCGGAAGUGCUUGGGAGUGGAAUGACGUACGAAAAGAAUAUUAUCUACAUCAGUUUUUGAAGAAACAACCGGAUCUCAAUUACCGCAAUCCAGCAGUUGUCCAGGAAAUGAAGGAUGUCUUGAGAUAUUGGCUGGAUAAGGGCGUGGACGGUUUCCGCGUAGAUGCCUUGCCUUAUCUUUAUGAGGCCCCGGUCGGUUCGGAUGGCAACUAUCCCGAUGAAGCUAAAACCGGAAACACGCAAGAUUCGACGAAUCCCGAUUAUUUGUACCACAAUCUGACACAAAACCUUGACGAAACCUUUGAUAUGAUCUACCAAUGGCGUGAAGUUCUGGAGCAAUUUAAGACGGAUACCGCAAGAACGGAAGACGUGGUACUGAUGAUCGAAGCGUACACACCUCUGGAAAAUAUAAUACGGCUCUAUGGUGAUGACGCUACUGGACGUGAAGGGGCCCAGAUUCCGUUCAACUUUGAAGUUUUAAGUAAUAUUUUCAAGGAUAGCAACGGCAAAAAGUUCCAUGACAUGGUCAUGAGAUUUAUGAACGCCAAACCCGAAGGUCGGUACGCCAAUUGGGUGCUUGGCAAUCACGACAACAAACGCCUGGCGUCACGGCUCGGUGUCAAACGAGCUGACCUGUACAACAUUGCCCUUAAUACGCUCCCAGACGUUGCCGUCACCUACAAUGGUGAAGAAUUGGGCAUGGAAGACGUCUACAUCCCGUGGAGCGAAACGAUAGACCCGGCCGCCUGCAACAGUAAUCCGCGGGACUUUAUGAAAUACUCCCGUGAUCCAGCCCGCACACCGAUGCUUUGGGAUAGUUCAACCAGUGCUGGGUUUUCGACGAGUGCCACUACCUGGCUGCCUGUUUCGGCCAACUACAAAAGCGUCAACUAUGAGGUGCAAAAAUCCGCCCCACGCAGCCACGUCAAGAUCUUCAAGUCGUUGCUGCGUUUGCGCAAACAACAAACCCUUCGAAAGGGCGGUUUUGAGAUGAAGCUACUGGAUGACGAUCUGCUGGUUAUCAAGCGACAUCUAGACGGAGUCAGCACCGUGGUUUCGAUUCUCAACUUCCACAAGAGCACCCGCACGGUCAAUCUUUCGCAAGCGUUCGAUGGUUUGCCGUUGGAAUUCGAAAUUAUCACCUCGUCGCUUCAAACGAAUUACAUCGAUGGUUCGGUGGUUGAUCGGGACAAUAUUUCCUUGCCGGCCGAGGCUGCUAUCGUUCUAGAGGGAAAUAUAGCAAAUGGUGUUUAACCAACCUACUGAACUGAUCGAAAAAAAUUAAUAUAUUCCUACUAAAUGAUGAUAACAUUG